AUGUUCAGCCCGGACGGGGGGCUGCCGGCCGCCCCCUUCGGCCUCCUGCCCGACGCCGGCCCGCCUUUCCCCCGCGGCGGCUUCGACGGGGCGGCCGCCCAGCCGCUCUUCUUCCCCUUCGCCGCCGAGCCCGAGGCCGCCCGCGACCCGCCGCCGGCCCGCGCCUGGCUGCCCCCGCCCGCCGGGCCGCCCGCCAAGGCGGAGGCGCGCCCGGGCCGGCCCUGCCGCCAGCCCUCGCCCGAGCCCCGCGCCGCGGCCUGCUGCGGCCCGGCCUGGCCCGCCCCGCCCUGGGCCGGGCCCGCGCCCCCCGCCGCCGCCGCCGCCGCCAACGCCGCCCUGCCCGGCCCGCCCUUCCCCGGCCCCGCCGCCGCCGCCUUCCCCGGCGGCCAGCUCUGCCCCGCCGCCCUGCAGCCGGGCUCCGGCGGCCUCUCGGGGCUGGGCAGCAGCGGCAGCUCCAGCGGCGCCGCCAGCGAGGGCGGACACUCCAGCGACAGCGGCGACGAGGAUGCGCCAACCUCGGAAGAGCUGGAGCAGUUCGCCAAGGACCUCAAGCACAAGCGCAUCAUGCUGGGCUUCACCCAGGCUGACGUGGGGCUGGCUCUGGGCACCCUCUACGGGAAGAUGUUCAGCCAGACGACCAUCUGCCGCUUCGAAGCGCUCCAGCUCAGCUUCAAGAACAUGUGCAAGCUGAAGCCGCUGCUGCAGCGUUGGCUCAACGAGGCGGAGAACACGGACAACAUGCAAGAGAUGUGCAAUGCGGAACAAGUUUUGGCCCAAGCCCGGAAGAGAAAACGCAGGACCAGCAUUGAGACCAACGUGAAGGGGACGCUGGAGAGCUUCUUCCGCAAGUGCGUGAAGCCCAGUCCCCAGGAGAUCUCCCAGAUCGCCGAGGACCUCAACCUGGACAAAGAUGUGGUCCGGGUCUGGUUCUGCAACCGGCGUCAGAAAGGCAAACGGCUGCUGCUGCCCUUUGGCAACGAGGCGGAGGGGGUGAUGUACGACAUGAACCAGUCCCUGGUGCCCACCGGCCUGCCCAUCCCGGUGACGUCCCAGGGCUACAGCCUGGCGCCCUCCCCUCCUGUCUACAUGCCGCCCUUCCACAAAGCUGAGAUGUUCCCUCAAGCGCUGCAGCCUGGGCUCUCCAUGAGCAACAGCAGCCACUGAACCGGGGGCUGCGGGGGCCGAUGACGGUGCCGCCCCGACACCGCGGCUGGGCUGGCUCUCUGGGGGCAGCUUCCCCCCCCACUUCGCCCUGAGAAGGCACGGGCACGGCCCCGCUCCCGCUCCCAGGGCCUGUCUGGGCGCUCGCUGGGCUGCCUUAGGGCUUUUGGGGCGCGAGGGGCAGGGGAAGGGCUGGGAGCCUGGCACGGGGAUGGUGCCCACUCUCUGCGGUUGCUCCCAGCCCUUCCCAGUUAUGUGAGU